AUGUUGAAGCGAAAGCUGCUGGCCGCUCUCCGGGCAAAAGUUCUGCCUCGUCAAGAGGAGCCAAUCCCAUCGCCAUCUUCCUGGAGCACAUUGAGCGUCAAUACGGCGGACGCAUCAUCGCCGUCACAGUGGAACACGUCUGCCAACCCCGCGACAACGCCGUACGGCGAACAAAUUAAUCACUAUGUUCGAGAUCUUGAGGCGCAUUUUAAAAACUCUGGGGAGGCUGUGCUGAACGCACAGCAAAGUGCGGAGAGAUUUCUUUCUCUGCAGGCGAAAGCACGGGAGGAACAUCGUCGAGAAUACAUACUGACGUUUCUUCCAUUAGUGUUUGUCCUCCUGCUGUUUAUGCGGGAGCAAAUGAAUCGCUCCUGUGCCGAGCAGACGUAUUUAGUUUUGAGGGAGCACGCAGAUAAAUGCAGCUCCUUGAAGCGGGUGGUGCUCUGA